UAUUUUUUCUGGACUCCGGAUACUCUGUAAAGCUUAUACCUUUACUCUGUAUGCUGACCCAGAUGUAACAUUACCUCAGGGAGUGGAUGAUGUUGUCCACUGUCAAAUAACAAUGGAAGGAUUACGUAGUUCCUCCUGUCACAAAUGAUGGGAGCGGAACACAUCAUCCCCAACCCUCUCACGCCACGCGCACAACAUCGACUAGCUGAACAAACAUUCUGACUGGCGAGAGGGCGUUUCUAAGCUUGCUGUUGCUUGCUGUUGCUUGCUAAACCCCUUGCAUCAUGAAACUGAAUCUGUUCUAUAACCCCCUCCUGUUUCUGGCGAGCCCUUUGAGGGCUGUUGCAUCGCCGGUCCAGUUCGCUCGGCCUACAGCUGGAGCAGUUACCUAUGGAGGCAAGCCACUUCAUGUCGAAUGGAAGUACUCUGAAGGGCCAGAAACCCAGCUUGAGUCAAAGCAGUAUAGCCUUUAUCUCUGUGCUGGUGGUAAUGAUAUCAACACCUAUGAGCCAUUAAUGCCUUUAGUUGAACAAGGUCUCCUUCAGGAGAUGAACUCAUUUUCCGCCGUCAUCGAUCCCAAGUUAGGCGGCGAGAGCCCCAAUGCAUAUUUUCUCCAAUUCUCUGUUGAGGCUUCCAACGGCACCAUUUUCUUCUACUCUCAUCGUUUCACAAUUUCCGGCAUGACUGGCGCAUUCCCUCCACAUAUCGCCGCAGCACUUAAAGCAAUCUCUGGCACAACCACAGGUCCACGUACUUUUAACAACCUCCACAAACGACAAGUCGGUGCAGUUCCUCCUGGCGCUCAGGCAGAUCUACCAUAUAACGAGCAAACUGGGCCGACAAGGUAUGCGCCCGUUCCAACGCCACCACCAACCAAAAUUACUCUCAAGUCUGCGGCGCCAUUGUUCCCUACAAGCGAGUAUAAGAUCGCGACGACAAAACUGCCUGUGGCAAAAGUUAUGACUACUAUAUCCCGUCCGCCAGUUGAAACUGUCAAGCAAAUCGAGAAUACUGCUGCUGCUGCUGCUGAUCAUGAAGAUGAUGAGAUGCAAAGAUUUUUGAAAAGAUGGCAAGAUUAAUACAUAGCCUUUUGUUCCAUUUCUUUUAUAGGGUCCAGGUCAAUAUACAGGAAGGUUACAGUUAAUGAAUGGGGCGUUCUGGGAUAGGGUAAUCAGCGCACAGAGUUUUAUCUGGGCAGCUUUGGCUUGAGUUGCAAAUCACAGCGCCUGGAUUUGUAAGGGGCCAUGUAUUAUUCUACCUCUAGGAACCUAAUUAGGAACACAUUGUAAACUACCGAGUUCAUCCUUUGUCAAUGGUUAUGAAUAGUUUCCUUUCUUGC